UUGAACAACGAGCUGCACCCGAAGCUUCACUCCAUUCUAUUCAUCAACGCUGCUGUUUGACAAUAAUCCUGUAAAUCAGAAGAAGGAACCAGAGCAGAGGGAGGAAGGAGGGAAGCUCAAGUGUGACGGAGCAUAAAUCCAGUCCAGACGAGUCCUGUUUGUCUCUGAAAGAAGAUCCAAGUCUCUGAAACACUGUUCUACUACAACAGAACUGUAAAUACAGGAAAACUCCAACGUCAGAUGGUUGAGUGAAUCCGGUUGGUCAGAGCGACAGAAGAGCUGCAGCAGAGACUAAACCUGUCUGAUUCUGGGUUCUGAGUACAUUCAGACUUCAAAGUUUGUUCUCAACAACUCAGCAGAGAGUCCGGAGACACUGAGAACCAACAUGUCUGCCGCCAGCAACCUGAGAUCUGCAGAUCAGUUCCUGUGCUCCAUCUGUCUGGACGUGUUCACUGAUCCAGUCAGCACACCGUGUGGACACAACUAUUGUAAAACCUGCAUCACUCAUUACUGGGAUGAUAACGUUCUUUACAAGUGUCCCGUGUGUCAAAAGAUGUUCGGUAGAAGACCUGACCUGGAAGUCAACACCUUAUUGAGAGAGAUGGUUUCUGAGUUCAGACGUGAAGCUCAACAGAAAUCCAGCAGCAGCAGCUCAGAGCAACAAGCUGCAGAACCAGGAGAAGUUCCCUGUGACGUCUGCACUGGAACCAGACUGAAGGCCCUGAAGUCCUGCUUGGUGUGUCUGGCCUCGUACUGUGAGACUCACCUGGAGCCUCAUCUGACAAUGUCAGGCCUGAAAAGACAUCAGCUGGUGGAGCCUGUGGAGAACCUGGAGGACAGGAUUUGUACGAAGCACGAUAAACCUCUGGAGCUGUUCUGUAAGACCGACCAGACAUGUGUCUGCAUGCUCUGCCCUGUUUUAGACCACAAGACUCAUGAGUUUGUUCCUCUGAGAGAAGAAUAUGAAGGAAAGAAGGCAGAUCUGCAGAAGACAGACGCUGAGAUUCAGCAGAUGAUCCAGAAGAGACGACUGAAGAUUCAGGAGAUCAGAGCGUCUCUGAAGAUCAGUAACGAUGCUGCAGACAGAGAGAAAGCAGAAGGUGUUCAGGUCUUCACUGAUCUGAAGGAGUCUGUUGAGAGACGUCUGAAGGAGUUCAUGAAGGAGAUGAAAGACAAACAGAAAACUGCAGAGAAACAGGCUGAAGACUUCAUCAAAGAUCUGGAACAGGAAAUCUGUGAGCUGAAGAAGAGGAGCUCUGAGGUGGAGCAGCUCUCACGCUCUGAAGAUCACCUGCACCUCCUCCAAAGAUUCUCAUCCCUGGAAGAUGCUCCACCCACCAAGAACUGGACAGAGGUCAGAGUCCAUCCACCUUCAUAUGAGGGGACUGUGGUGAGAGCUGUGGAGCAGCUGGAGAAGAACCUCACAGAGAAGAUGAAGAAGCUGCUUGAAGUUGAGCUGAGGAGGAUCCAGAAGUUUGAAGCUGAUGUGACUCUUGAUCCUGAUACAGCAAAUCCCUGGCUCAUCCUGUCUGAAGAUGGAAAACAAGUCUAUCAUGUUGAUGUGAGGAAGAAUCUUCCAAAUAAUCCAGAGAGAUUCUCUACAUGUCUUUGUGUUUUAGGAAAACAGAGUUUUUCUUCAGGCAGAUUUUACUUUGAAGUUCAGGUUAAAGGAAAGACUGAAUGGAAUUUAGGAGUGGCCAGAGAGUCAGUCAAGAGGAAGGGAAGCAUCACUCGGAGACCUCAGGAUGGUUACUGGACUGUUUGGCUUAUAAAAGGAAAUGAGUAUGAAGCUAAUGAUCGUAUUUCAGUCCGUGUCCAUCUCAGUUCUCCUCCUGAGAAGUUGGGGGUGUUUGUGGAUUAUGAGGAGGGUCUGGUCUCCUUUCAUGAUGUAGAUGCUGCAGCACUUCUCUACUCCUUUACUGGCUGCUCCUUCAGGGAGAAACUACACCCGUUCUUCAGUCCGUUUAUCAAUCAUGUAGGUAAAAACUCUGCUCCUCUGAUCAUCUGUGCUGUAAAUAAAACUGUCUGAUCUUUGAUACAAUCAAUCUUCAUCAACUCUGAAUGUUCAUUUAACCCUUGUGCUGUCUUUGGGUCAAGGAAGGAGGGAGGGAGGGAGGAAGGAAAGAAGGAAGGAAGGAAGGAAGGAAGGAAGGAAGGAAGGAAGGA